UGUUUUCAAAUUGAUUAUGAGCUAGUCAUAGAAUUAACAGUGAGCAUAUACCGAGUUGAUCAGUUUUAAAAUUAUUGACGGCUAAUUUGGAUUCUUAAAAUGUACAGAUAAUUUAGUAAUGGGUAUCUGGAAUUAUAUUAUUUUUAUUUCAAUUAUUAGCUAUUUUGGGCCUAAUGUUUACAGCGCGUCUACAACUCGGAAAGCAGAAUUAGAAUGCGAGUUCCCACCUAAAAUGGAGGAGGACCUCACACACGUAAGAAGAAAACGCUUGACAACGGAAUCAGGGCUUGUCUGUUUGGAAGACUACCCAUAUACAGUUUCCAUAAGGUUGCAUGGAAAGCAUUGGUGCGGGGGUGCUAUUGUUGGUCAACAAUGGAUAUUGACGGCAGCACAGUGUUUUGACUACGUAUCGAAAGAGGAAGUGACAGUUCGAAUGGGUUCUGUAUUCCGAGACUUCGGUGGGCGGAUCCUGUCAGUAAUUGAUAUCCAGCGUCAUCCCGGCUACAGAACGGAUCAGUAUUAUCCUGAGCAUAAUCUUGCUUUAAUUAAGGUGAAUAUCCAAAUAUUACCAUCCAGCCGCGUUCAAGCAGUGUCGCUAGCAUUAAACAACGCAGACUUCCCACCACUGUUUGGAGAGGUGAUAGUCACCGGCUAUGGCUCAGUGGCAACUGGUCAAAUUCGAGAUGGUGUUAAUCAAGAACUGCGUCGGAUGAUCGUGAGAGCCGUUCCCAAAUCCCAAUGUAGAGUGGAGUAUGGGAAUGACUAUCAUAUACAGCACGAUCAUAUGUGUUUGCGAAGCACCGUCAAAGGUGUUGCUUUGUGUGCGGGAGAUACAGGAGAUCCAGCAGUCUACUUCGACGGUAUGAAUCGGGCCGGAACGCUGUACGGUAUAGCAUUGUUUUCUGGUACAGAAGAAUGUGCUUACAAAUCUAAACCAGGAGUUUAUGCGAAGGUCUCUUUAAAUCGACCCUGGAUAGACAGAGUGCUAAAUGAAACGGAGCUCAAUGAAAGUUUUGAUAGCAGGGAAAAUGUUAUUCCAAUCGACAUGGUUUAAAAAAUAAUAAAUUAUUUUCAGUUAUAAAGUUAUGCCUCUUACUUUUACUAUUACGAAUAUAAGCAAAACACAUAAUCUUAAAUAAGAACCUUAGAAUUUAAUUUCAAGAACUCAUUAAAGUAAGCGUAAAUAAAACUCGUUUAAUUUUCUUCUA